AUGGGUUCCUCUACUUCUAAAACCGCUUCCUCUUCUUCUUCUCCUUGCUCGGCUUCAAGUUCACCUCCAGAGAUGAAAUUCAUCUCCCAAUUCCCGUCGUCGUCUUCGUCUAAGACGGUUCCGAGAGCUUUCUCCUUUCCAAUGCCGUCGAUUCAUCAUCCACCGUCUAAAAAAGGCGACACGCACCACCUGGUCUCCCUCACUUCCACCACUUACGGCUCUCCUCCACUCCUCGACCUCGACGAAGCCUCUGACAGCAGCCAGCCAUUGCCUCAUGUCUCCAUUUCAGGAAAGAACAAUAAGAAAACCCUCGAAACAGAGGACUCGUUGUCUCCUGACUCAGUGAUCAACACAUGGGAGCUCAUGAACGGUCUCGACGACUACGACGAAUACGGUUGCGUCAACGGUAAGCGUAACUCCGACGUAAAGUAUGAAUCUUUCUCUAAACCCAUCAAUGGGUCUGCGUCGAAACUGGACGACUCUUACGAGAUCGUGAGAAUCGAAGAAGAUGAGGACGAUUGGAUUCCGUUGCCUUCUAGACCAAAGCAGCCUCUGUGGAAGCUUUUGUCUGAAGAAUCGUUUCUCUCUGAUUUGGAUCCUAACAUCAUCUCAUCUUACAAGAAAGCAUUGUCUUCCAAACGAAACACGAAACCAGUCUCAAACCAAUCUGUUGUAAUCAGUUUGCCAGAAUAUGUAUCUUUGGAAGAGCAAGAGAAACCAAGAACGCCAGAGACAGAGGACAACAAGAAGGAGAUAGUACUACUCUACUUCACUAGCCUCAGAGGAAUUAGAAAGACUUACGAGGACUGCUGUUGCGUGAGAGCGAUCUUGAGAGGGUUUCAUGUUGCGUUAGAGGAGCGUGACACACUGAUUCAACCAUUAUGGAUCGGUGGACCCAGUCAGACUUUCUGUGCAAGGGCUGGAUUCUAA